UGCAGUUUCUAAAAAACUAUGGACAAUAUAUCGUGGAAACGUGUAGGACUCGCAGUGGCGGUUGGUGGUACGGCCUCACUUGUAGGAGCUCCCGUGGUUGUGUCUGCUCUCGGAUUUAAGGCGGGAGGAAUCGUCGCCAAGUCAGUGGCAGCAAAUAUGAUGUCGUCUGCAGCGAUUGCAAAUGGCGGAGGAAUAGUAGUCGGAAGCACUGUUUCGGUCCUACAGUCGGUAGGGGUACUGGGAUUUUCAAUGAAAUCUUCAGCCAUCAUUGCCGGUGUAGCCGGAGGUGGCAGUGCUCUACUUACCGGCGUCACAAAAGAUAGUAACAAUGAAGUGAUUGUAGGUGAUUCAGUUGUGUGUGGGACUAGUAGCAAGUCAUUCACGGACGGGGCCAGUUACAUCAUGACGAAUGCGACACCAAUCCUACAGUCUGUUGGUGGUGCACUGGGAUUUUACAAACCAGUCCUUACUAUCGAAGCUUUAGUAAGCCAAGAAGACAUUACAGGUGAAACUAAGUGGAAAUCAAUUUUAGAUGGAAGCAAAUAUGUUAUGGGCGGGGCAAGUGACAUCAUGGCGAGUGCGACAUCAACUAAACCUGGUAAAUGUAAGAGCAGUGUUGAAUAAACGUCGGCGAAAUGCUUCGAAUGUGCAUGGCAAGACGUGUUGCCGGCGUUGUACGAAGUCCUGUCCUCCUCAACAAUCGGCUUACACUAGAAGACGUCUUGCACAAGGAAAAUUUAUCAGGCACAUCAAACCUUACAAAUAUAGAUGAGAAAAAGGACAAUAUUCCUGAACAAAAUGGAAAGAGUGGAAAACAUAUUCUAAGAACAAGAGUACUUCCGGCGGUUGCAUUAGGGGGGACGGCAGUUGUAGCUGCCCCUGCUGUACUCUGUGCGUUGGGAUUUGGAGCAGGUGGUAUCGUUGCUGGCUCUACUGCGGCUUCUUUGAUGUCUCUGUGUGGUGGAACUGUCUCAGUCGGAAGUGUCCUGGCUAUCAUGCAGUCAGCGGGCGCAGCAGGUAUUGGUAUAGCGGGCAAUGUCGGCAUCUUUUCUACUGUUACAUUAUCAUCCGCUGGUGUCAUGGAAGUGGGCAGUAGAAUCAAAAAGAAAAUAAAACGGGGAAACAACGACGCAAAAUAAUCCAAAUGUAGACAUAACUAAUAAUUAGAACAGACGGGAGAAAUUUCCUCCCAGAAUCCUAACGUGCAAUACAUUUGUCUUUACAGGUUUAUGCAAGUUCUUGAUGCACAAAUUAUUAAAUAAUUAAAUCUUGAAAAGACA